GUUCAAGUUCCAGCCUCUCCAGGUUCCCUCGGCCGCUUCUCAUCCUCUUCACGGACGCCGACGGCCACUAUGAAGGCCGAGCAGAUAGCUUCUGAAGCAGGAGAGUUCUAUGUUUUGGGUUUUUACUGUAUAUUUUUUUACUAAUGCUUGGUGAAAAAAUGGCGAAAGCAACGGCAGGGGGCAUAUUUCCAGAGAAUCCCCCUACAUUAGGCGCCUCGCUAAUCUUUACAAACAGGAAAAGGCAAAAGGGUACUAAGAAUUUUCAGAGUUCUGUACCCAAUCGUGGAGUCAGCAACUAUUCUUCUUUGAUCCAUAUGGGAAUGGCAUGGAGGUAGCCAGUCUCCCGCCACAGCAAUAAACCAGGUCAAGAAAAUUUAGCGAUUAAACUGACGAUGUCACAGUAGUCCAAUAAGAGUCCAACUUGCGCGCCAACAAUUUAAAAGUUUAAAGGACAUUUCUUAAAGCACUUUCUUAUCUUCAUGCUUCUUCUACUUCGGCUUCAAGCUCAGCCAUGACCAUAAUUGCCCAUAAUGCCUUUCCUCAACGCCACCUCCCUCGCCUCCCUGGUCGAAUCAGCCUUGUUGACUCACUCUUCCCACCUCGGCCGAGCCACCCAUGCCCAGAUAAUCAAGACCCUCGACGCCCCACUCCCCUCCUUCCUCUCCAACCACCUCGUCAACAUGUACGCCAAACUCGACCUCCUCAACUCGGCCCAACUCAUUCUCUCACUCACCCAAACUCGCUCGGUCGUCACCUGGACUUCCCUCAUCGCCGGUUCUGUCCAAAAUGGACAUUUCGCUUCUGCUCUCCUCCACUUCACUAACAUGCGCCGCGAGUGUAUUCAACCCAAUGACUUCACCUUUCCUUGUGCGUUCAAGGCCUCGGCUUCGCUUCGGUUGGCCGUUACUGGAAAACAGGUCCACGCCAUUGCGGUAAAGGCAGGCCAGAUAGGUGAUGUAUUUGUUGGCUGCGGUUGCUUUGAUAUGUAUUGCAAAACAGGUCUCUGGGACGACGCAAGCCAAAUGUUCGAUGAAAUGCCUCGUAGAAAUAUUGUAAUGUGGAAUGCUUAUAUAUCAAAUGCCGUUCUUGGAGGGCGGCCUAGAAGUACUAUUCACAAGUUCGUGGAGUUUCUAGGUAUUGGUGGGGAACCAAAUUCGAUCACUUUCUGUGCAUUUCUCAAUGCGUGUUCGGAUACAUUGAAUUUGGAGCUUGGACGACAGUUACACGGGUUUGUGAUAAGAUAUGGAUUUGGAAAAGAUGUCUCAGUUAUGAAUGGGCUUAUAGAUUUUUAUGGGAAGUGCCGAGACAUUGUGUCUUCUGCAAUGAUUUUUGAUAGAAUUAUUCAUCGAAAUGAUGUAUCUUGGUGCUCUAUGAUGGCUGUUUACGUGCAAAAUGAUGAGGAGGAAAAAGCUUGUGAGAUCUUUCUACAGUCUAGGAAAGCAGGAAUUGAGCCUAAUGAUUUCAUGGUUUCAACUAUUCUAAGUGCUUGUGCAGGGCUUUCCGGGUUUGAAUUAGGCAGAUCAGUGCACGCUCUUGCAAUGAGGGCUUGCGUUGAGGGAAAUGUCUUUGUUGGGAGUGCACUUGUAGACAUGUAUGGAAAAUGUGGUAGUGUUAUUGAUGCAGAACACGUCUUCAAAGAAAUGCCUCAAAAGAACUCAAUUACUUGGAAUGCAAUGAUAAGUGCACAUGCCCACCAAGGACAUGCUGACAUGGCUUUAGCAUUGUUUGAAGAAAUGACGUCCCGGAGUAGUGAGACCAGACCGAAUUAUGUCACGUUAGUGUGCCUAUUAUCCGCCUGCAGUAGAGCGGGCACUGUACAAAAGGGUAUGGAUAUUUUUGAGUCGAUGAGAACAAUAUUUGGGAUUGAACCAGGUGAAGAGCAUUAUGCAUGUGUUGUGGACUUGCUGGGGCGUGCUGGGUGGGUAGAACGUGCAUACGAUUUUAUCAAGAAAAUGCCAAUGCGGCCUACAAUUUCAGUUUGGGGAGCUCUUCUUGGAGCUUGUAAAAUGUACAAGAAUCCAGAACUAGGGAAGAUUGCAGCUGAUAACUUGUUUAAACUCGACCCCAAUGACUCUGGCAAUCAUGUGGUGCUUUCUAAUAUGUUUGCUGCUGCUGGCAGGUGGGAAGAAGCCACUCUUGUGAGAAAAGAGAUGAAAGAAGUUGGGAUCAAGAAAGGCACAGGCUACAGUUGGAUCACUGUAAAGAAAGCAGUCCAUGUCUUCCAAGCGAAGGACACCUCCCAUGAAAAGAACUCUGAGAUUCAAGGAAUGUUAACCAAGUUGAGGAAGGAGAUGAAGGAGGCAGGCUACAUUCCUGACACCGAUUUCGCUCUGUUCGAUUUAGAAGAAGAAGACAAAGUGUCAGAAGUUUGGUACCAUAGUGAGAAGAUUGCCCUUGCCUUUGGUCUCAUAGCUAUUCCUCCUGGUGUACCUAUAAGGAUCACAAAAAAUCUUAGGAUCUGUGGAGACUGCCAUAGUGCCAUAAAGUUUAUAUCAGGUAUUGUUGGGAGAGAGAUCAUAGUGAGAGACAACAAUCGGUUUCAUCGAUUCAAAGAUGGUGUUUGUUCUUGCAGUGAUUAUUGGUGAUGAUGAUAGCAAUGAUUCUAUAUUCUUUAAUAAAUAGCUUUAAAAAAAAAAGUUAUUUAAGAUUUUUGUCUCCCAAACUAUGACCAAUAUAUUGUGAUUUUUUCGAGCAGUUAAAAAAUAACAUGACAUAUUAUUGAAGAA